UAGACCAACUUAACACUGAGCCCAUUCCUUCUCCAAGAUCAGAAAAACCAUUAUAUUCACAGGAAACAUUUCUCCAUCUUACUCAGAUAAAAAUUCAAGGUUUUAAUCUCCUUUAACUAGAUUAAUUAGCUGUACACUAAUGAGACAAUAAAACAAGCUGCAUAUAUUUUAGUGCUUCUGUUAAUGUCUCCUUUCUCCCUCUGUCUUACUCCUUUUUUUCCUUUUCUUUCUUUCUUUCUUUUUUUUUUCUGGAUAGCUUUGACAUUGUAAACCACAGACAAAUUGGAGCCUGGCACUGAAGGAGGUGUUCUGCAAGGACUACUUUUUUUUUUUUUUUUUCUGUCUAAAGAAGUUUACUUUUGCAAGAGGGAAUCUGAAAAAUGACAGGGGCAAAAAGGAAAAAGAAAAGUGUGUUCUGGAGCAAGAUGCACACUCCCCGUUGUGAAGACAUUAAGCAGUGGUGUAGAAGGAGACUACCUAUUUUGGAAUGGGCACCAAAUUACAGUCUGAAGGAAAACUUGCUUCCAGACACCGUGUCUGGGAUAAUGUUAGCAGUUCAACAGGUAACACAAGGGUUGGCCUUUGCCAUUCUCUCAUCCGUGCACCCAGUAUUUGGUUUAUAUGGGUCUCUGUUUCCUGCCAUCAUUUAUGCCAUAUUUGGAAUGGGACGGCAUGUUGCCACAGGCACCUUUGCCUUGACAUCCUUAAUAUCAGCCAAUGCAGUGGAACGACUUGUCCCUCUGAGCAGCCAGAACCUCACCACACAAACUAAUACAAGUGUGCUGGGCUUAUCUGACUUUGAGAUGCAAAAGAUUGGUGUUGCUGCAGCUGUUUCUUUCUUGGGAGGCGUUAUUCAGGUCGCCAUGUUUAUGCUUCAGCUGGGCAGUGCCACAUUCCUGCUUACAGAGCCUGUGAUCAGUGCGAUGACAACUGGGGCUGCCACCCAUGUCGUGACUUCACAAGUCAAGUUUCUCUUGGGAAUAAAAAUGCCGUACAUAUCUGGACCACUAGGAUUCUUUUAUAUCUAUGCCUAUGUUUUUGAAAACAUCAAGUCUGUUCGACUGGAAGCACUACUCUUAUCCUUGCUAAGCAUCGUGGUGCUUGUUCUGGUUAAAGAGCUGAACGAACAGUUUAAGAGGAAAAUUAAAGUUGUCCUUCCUGUCGAUUUAGUUUUGAUUAUUGCGGCAUCAUUUGCUUGUUAUUGUACCAAUAUGGAAAACACAUAUGGAUUAGAAGUAGUUGGUCACAUUCCAAAAGGAAUCCCUCCACCAAGAGCCCCUCCAAUGAAUAUCCUCUCUGCUGUGAUUACUGAAGCUUUUGGAGUGGCACUUGUAGGCUAUGUAGCCUCACUGGCUCUUGCUCAAGGAUCUGCCAAAAAAUUCAAAUAUUCAGUUGAUGACAACCAGGAAUUUCUGGCCCAUGGUCUCAGCAAUGUGAUCUCUUCAUUUCUCUUCUGCAUACCAAGUGCAGCUGCCAUGGGAAGGACUGCUGGCUUGUACAGCACAGGAGCAAAGACACAGGUGGCUUGCUUAAUAUCUUGCAUUUUUGUACUGAUUGUCAUCUAUGCAAUAGGACCUUUGCUUUACUGGCUGCCCAUGUGUGUUCUUGCAAGUAUCAUUGUUGUGGGACUGAAGGGAAUGCUAAUACAGUUUCGGGACUUAAAAAAAUAUUGGAAUGUGGAUAAAAUUGAUUGGGGCAUCUGGGUUAGUACAUACAUCUUUACAAUAUGUUUCGCUGCCAAUGUAGGGUUGCUGUUUGGUGUUAUUGGCACCAUAGCUAUUGUGAUUGGUCGUUUCCCCAGAGCAAAGACCCUGAGCAUGAAAGAUAUGAAAGAAAUGGAUGUAAGAGUAAAGACAGAAGAAGAUGGUGAAACUCUACAGCAGGUGAAAAUUAUCUCAAUAAACAACCCACUUGUUUUCCUAAAUGCAAAGAAGUUUCAUAUUGACUUGAUGAAAAUAAUACAAAAGGAAAAUACCUGUAAUCAGCCACUUGAUGAUAUCAUCAAGUGUGAACAAAACACAUUGCUCAAUUCUCUAUCCAAUGGAAACUGUAAUGAAGAAGCUUCACAGCCCUGUCUAAAUGAGAAGUGCUCUUUAAUCUUGGACUGCAGUGGAUUGACUUUUUUUGACUAUUCUGGAGUCUCCAUGCUUGUUGAGGUUUACAUGGACUGUAAGAUCAGGGGUAUAGAUAUAUCAUUAGUCCAUUGCACAGCUUCCUUAAUGAAAGCAAUGAACUACUGCGGAAAUCUAGACUCAGAGAAACCAAUUUUCUUUGAAUCGGUGUCUGAUGCAAUAAGUAACAUCCAUGCAAAUAAGAGUUUGAACAAACUCAGUGACCACAGUGAAGUCUGAGAUGAUUUUGCUACAGUUCAACCCUUGCCAUUAGCAACCGCCACAAAGAGGCCAUACAUACUCGAGCAUUUUGCACGAAGGUUUUUGUUUUUGUUGUUGUUGUUUAGAAAUUACAGAGGACUUCUGCAACAACAACUGUGAUGUGACUUAGUAACUGCAUAGCCACUGGUCAUGAAUUGUCAACAAUUUUUUUCUGAUCUUUGUUAGUAAGGAAAAUCACUUACUAGUUUGUCAGAUAGUUGUUUAUAAGAAAUGGUAUGCAUGUACUUUUAGAGUACUGAAAGGUAGCAUGACUUUAUUACUUAUCAUAGUGUUUUGUAUUGUUUUAUUUGGUUGUAAGUUAAUUUGUACAACUGAGAAUUAGCUUGUCAUAAGAGAUUUAGAACAUUUAUUUGUUUUAAAACAUUGUUAAAAUCCAGGAUCACUUGUAGCCCAAACAUAACCUUGCAGCAAAUAUGCCAUUUUUCAUUAUUAAAAAAUCACAUUAAACAUCAACAAGAUGAAAUGCUGCUUUAUGAAAUAUGAUGUAAAAUUUAUAGAAAAUAAGUCAGACUAGGUGACAAAUUAGAAACAAGUGUUCUCUAGACAUUUCUAUAUAUGAAAGCCUUUGGAAGAACUCAAGAUAGUCAUAGCUGAAUGAAAUCAAAUUUUUAACAUCAGUCUGCACUGCUAAGAAUAUUGGAAAUGCCUGAAAUAUUCAGUUUUGGUAACACUAAUGUAUAGUCAUUCCCCUAAAAAUAUUUGUAAAUGAGAAAAUAAGAACAACAGAAUAGCUUUGUGCUAUUCCAAUGUAAGGCUAACUGUAGUAGUAAAGUACUGUCUUGUUUCAGAAAGGCAAUCAAUAUAAUUCAGUGACUUUAUCUUUAUGUAUUCUUAUAGAUAGAUCUCUUUCCCAUAGCAUGUUUUUCUUUUGGUAGAGAAGAGCUCGGUUAGGUGAUCAUCUGUAAACCAGCAAACCAACAGGAUAAUUGACAAAUAUCUUUGGACAGGCUGACCUUUAUAUUUUUGUUUUUAUGCUUGUAUGUAUACUUUUUAUCAUUUUUAACUCCACAGAAUUUCAUACUUUUAUCUAGCAAUUUGAUUUACCAAUGAAGAAAACCUCAUCCACACAAAUAUAUAUAUAUAAUUUUAUAUGUGAGUGUAUAUAUGCAUAUAUAUACAUAUCUAAUUAAGUCUUAAGUUGUCUUAACAGUUUUUGAAAUUGUUAAUGUAACAAAAAUUCAGAUAUGUUAAGGUGAAUUUGAUCAGUAGGUGGAAAACAUAAUUAAAAAAUUGACCAACAAAAUAUUUUAUUGGUUUUCUGAAAGAAUAAUUUUAGUGUUUGCCAAGUGAUGUAAUGGUCCAUACCAAGUGUGUGACAAACACAUAUGUGGUCCUCGAUUUUAACAUUUAACACAAGUCCUAGAUAAGACAGUGUGAUAAAAGGGAAAUAAAUGUUUUGAAUUCUCAUAAAUUAUCCAGCCAUUUCAGUUUUGAUUAACUUGGACUAAUUUGUCCCAAAGUAAGCCUCAAUCACUUCAUCACUGUUAUGGAGGUUGAAAUGAAUGAGAAUAGUUCUCAUUUCUGUCCAAUACUUUUACAACAAAAAGAUGGACCUAAUUAUUGGAGAUAAAAUGUCCUUACAGAGCAGAAAUUGUCUGAUGCAACAAUUCAAUGAUUCCAAUGGUGGAUAAUAGUAACACUUGCCAUCCUUAAUCCACAGAUACAAGACAGUUUAACAUAAAUCUUAGAAAAGAAGACAUAUUUUUGCUCUGUAUGACUUUAGCUAUGAAACUUUCACCUAUAAAUACAUUUUGCACUUCAGUUAUUUUCUAAUUGGUUAGAGAUUGUGGACCACGGAUAGCAUUAGAAUUACUGUAAUUAAUCAAUAAAUGAUUUUGUCUGUCAUAUUGUAAAAAUUGACAGUUUUGGGGCCAGGCAGUGGCGCACCUGGUUAAGCACACACAUUACAGUGCGCAAGGAUCUGGGUUCAAGCCCCUGGUCCCCACCUGCAGGGGGAAAGCUUCACGAGUGGUGAAGCAGGCCUGCAGGUGUCUCUUUGUCUCUCUUCCGUGCUAUUUCCACCUCCCCUCAUAAUUUCUCUCUGUCUCUAUUCAAAAUAAAUAAAAACUAAAACUUUUUUUUUUAAAUUGACAGUUUUGUCUGAACAACUGCAUUUGAAUACAUUUCAGUACUUACACUAGAAUUAAAUGGAUAACACUUUAGAGCCAGUAACUUUGGUGUUGUUAAAUAUUAAUGCUAUUUUUUAAGUAAAGGAGGACCAAGACAUGAACCACAUCAUUUUCCUUAUUCUAAGGCUCUGAUUAUCAAAAUCUUACUGAUUCUAGACCUGGAGAAACUCCCUGGAAUUAAGAACCCAAUAAUUAAAUGUGAGACUUAUACAGAAGUGUAGGACAUAAAUGCUUAUUUCAAAGCAAACAUUAACAACACAAGAGCCAUAAUUCGGACACUGAAGUGUUUUUGUCACACUGUUUUAUGAAAUCUCAUUUUUAUAUAUGACAUACUGUUUUCACAUUAUAUCAAAAUAUAAUUGGAAAAAUUAAAAUUGACCUAUGAAAGUAAUACAGACUUAAUAUAGCAACAUAUAAAUUAAGCAUAUGACAUGUAGCCAGGAAAUUACUGUUACAUUUAUGCAAGUUAAAUGCCUAUAAAAUUUACCAUUUGUCUUUCAUUUUAAAGGUUAUUUGUCCCCUAUUAUAUGAUUCAAGUGUUAUAAGGUCUAGCUUGAAUUAGUUUGCAGUAAUUUAUUUGACAUAACUCCGUACAAUAAGUGUUGUGAUAAGGAAAAAAUAUAUUUCUUUUUAAUGAAAACUUUAAUGUUUUAAUACCCUAUAUGAAUAAUGUUUGACAUUUAGUGGUUAUCAAAAUAUUUUAGCAUGUUUUUGAACAUACUUAAGCCUUAGGAAUGCAAAUUCUGCAUUUAGUGGGUUGAUAAUUUAACUCAAUGUAGAAUGUCCUUUUUAGCAGUGAGUUUGUAGCCAGAUUUUAAAUAGGGAGGUAAGUGGUGAUUUCACAAUCAAGAGUUUUAGUUAAAAAUCAUGUAGUCUAAUAUGCUGCACUUAUUUUUUUAUAUUUUUCAAUGGACUUAAUUGCUUGUUUUAUAAUUCUUUUUACUAACUCAGCAUGCAACAACCAGUUUUCAUGGAAAUAAAUUGAAAUAUGAUAACUAUUA